AAAAGUUACCAAAAUUAAAUUUAUGUUUGUUUUUUCUUAGGGCGACACGGAACACCCGUGUUAUAAUGCCUUUCGUUGCCUUUCAUUGCGAGGAUAAUCAAUGACAUGUAUUCAUUCUUAAAAUGCGCUAAACUAAAUGGGCGUUGUUGGUGACGUGAUAAACAUGUUUUGUGACGUCAUGCAUCUACAAUACGCCCAAAAAUUUUUGUUUGCACGAAUGUUAUGAAGCGAUUUUGCAAAAUAUGCAAAAUAUCGCGACGGAAACGCGCACGACAUCUAGCGGUGAGAUAAAAUCUGCUUUCUGGUUCUCUCAUCCGGAUGGAUUGGAUGACAGCGAGGAGGAAGAUAACUAAACCAGAUGACACCGCGGUCAAAGAUAGAAAUCUGAUGGAUUGGUUGCUGUCUACAGUUAGUUGUAAAGCGGUUAAGAGUUUCGUACAAAUUCCUUAAAAAAUGUUUCUGAAACAAGUCCUGGUUCUCUGCGUCUUUUUCUUUAUGACGUCAUCAGCGUUCUAUAUGCCAAUGGUUAGAACGCAUCCGCCCCAAAUGGACAUGCCGGCAUAUUGCGCCGAAGUCGUCAACGCGACUCGUGUAUUCUCCGGGUUUAUUCUUAACGCUGCCACACAUGCUAAUAGCGCCACCGACGAAUAUGUGGCCGAAAGAAACGUUUUCUUCUCUCCGUUUGGUGCCGCUAAUGUGGUCGGUAUUCUGAGAUUGGCGUCGGCCGGAAGAACGAGGGAACAAUUCGACGGCCUCCCUUUAUUUUCAUCAAUACUUCAGCACAACGAUCGUUUCAUGAGAGGUUUUCAAACCCUGCGUAGUUUAAUCUUGUCCGUGACUUCGUUUCCUGGUACGAAUCCAGGCCAGAGCGAUAAGUUGCUUUUGAACAGCGGGGUUUUCACUUCAAGAUGGCUCUACUUGCAAACGCGGUUCAUAUCGGACGCGAGAAAUUUCUACAAAGCGGUCGUCGCGUCGGUGGACUUCAGUGACCCGGAACUUGCAUCAAGUCACAUAAACAUGUGGAUAAACGCUCGCACUCAAAGAAAAAUAACGAAGAUCGUUUCACCCAGCGAUUUGUCCCCCACCACCCUAGUGACCGUGUUCAACACUCUGUUCUUUGAAGCUUUGUGGAAGCAUCCGUUCACAACUGGCAGAACCAGCAACAGCACAUUUGUAUUGGCGAAUGGGACGCCUGUGUUGACCCCGAUGAUGGAAGUCACUGCCAACCACUUCUUACAUUACUCUGGUGAAUUUUGUCAGCUAUUCUCAAUGAGGAGAUGUCACCCAAACACCCCAGACAUAGUAAUCCUGCCUUAUAAAGGAGAGCGUCGUCAGAUGAUUGUUCUUAUUCCAAACCAAAACAUCACACUUCGCGAAAUCGAGAGGCAAUUCGGGACAAAUCUAGAGAAAUGGAGAUCCUCAUUGGUAGAUGGGAAUGUAGAGUUACACAUACCAAAGUUUGAGUUAAAGAGCAACCUUGACUUGAAAUCCGUCCUUAGAAGCGAGGGCUUAACCGAGCCAUUUAAUCGAACCACAGCCGAUUACUCUACAAUGACAAGUCGACAGCUUGCUAUUUCAAAACUUUUCCAAACAGCUUCUAUUUCUAUGGACGAGACAGGCGUAAGGGCUACCAGCACAACGGCGGCGUUUUUUGAGUUACGAUCUUUCUUUUUUAGAACGAGAAUUAACGCUAAUAAACCUUUCUUGUUUAUCAUUGAAGAUAUUCAUACUAGAACGCCUUUAUUCUUGGGCAGAGUCACAGAUCCCCGUCCGUUGUAAAUCUCUAUUGUCACCCACGUCACUUCAACAAAAUUUGGUCAAAAAUGAUAAAAAUAAACCCUCGAAAUAUUUGAUUUCCUAUUAUUCUAACCUAUUUUCAGUGAAUUGAAUGUAAAACAUGUGCGUUUUUUUAAGUCUUUGCUUUGUAAAUAUACUCAUGAGUUGCAUUAUUUAUUAGUUCCCGUACAAUGUGAUUAUAAACAGCAUAUUGUAAUCAUUUACAUGUAUUUAGUUCCAUUUUGCUAUAAACUGUUGUACAACCUUUUUAACGUUUUUUUUCUCGCAAUAAAAUUACUCAAGAUACUUUUAGAACAUUUUUAUGAAAGUUAGAACAAGUUUCUUCGGGUAAAAAUAUUUAUAUUGUAUUUUCGUAGUUGAAAACAGUAUUUUCUACUCCCCGAUUAAAUCGUAAAUAAUUUCACCUGUUUCGCCAAAUAUAGAGGUUAGUAUUCCCGC